AUGACACAUCCGUCAGCACCCAUGCUUCAGGCAGAAUAUCACAACUACAAUGAGCAGAGCGCGUUUAACGAUUAUUAUGGAGGUUACGAACAGCGGUCAGGAACCUGGUCUGGUAAUGGGCCACGUCGAAUGGACACAACAGCUGAAAAGCAUCCGACAAGAUGUCGCAGUAAUUCAAAUGUUUCCAUCUAUUGUUUGAAUAUUAUUGUCAUUUUGAGGGCUUUGAUAGUUCUAACUCUGAUCGCUCUCGGCUAUCAAGCUGGAUAUAACAUGUAUCUGAUGUAUUACGUAGCCGGUUUCGAAUGUCUCAGCUUAUUGGCCUCCGUCUUAAUGUGUUGUGGAAUGGAAUAUCGACAGCCAUUCUUCUGUGUUUUGUUCGGAGUCUUCCGGUCAAUAGAAGCUUUCUUCUGUCUACUAGCAGUAGUAUGCUUUGGAUACUCAAUAUGGGAUCGUAGGUCCGAGUCAGCCCGUUAUAUCAGCAUAUUUGUCAACGACAUGGCUCAUUCAUAUUUUCCGAAGUCUAAUAUUGGAUGGGAAGACUGUAUGUUUCAAUAG